AUACUAUCAAAUAAGGCGUAUUCUUUUCAUUGAUUAGGUAGGUACCUACGUAGUACCUAACUCACAUCAACAUUAGUUACCUAUUCCAGGGACGUUCGAUGGGUAGAAGGUAGUUAAGUGAGGACUAAUUGUAUAGCGCAGCUGUAGUUGCUGAUAACCACUUUCGUAUCAUUUUAGCAGACGAAAGGUUUCCAUUUCUCAAGGUAGGGAAUAGAAAUUUCGGUCCUGCAAUAUGUUAGUACGGGGGUUCAGACGAUUGAUUCUUAUUGUCCUCCCUCUUUUUUUUCUCUUCUAUACCGUCAUUCGGCAUUUCCGUAGCCGGUCUCCUAUUUCAUAUACUGUCGCAGAUUGGAUACAGCAAAUACUGCCCAUUAGCCAUAUCUUUGGGACACGGCAUGGACAACAGGUUCUUGGUGAUCAGGGUGGUUCUCGGAAUAUUUACAAAGGUAGCGACAAUAACGGCCUGUCGGAAGCACCACAUACCAACGAAUUAAGCAGCAGCGAAAACGUCGAUGACUCGGUUGAUUCUAGUCAUAUCAAUACGCACACGGAACUCUUUUCCGCCUCAACUCCGGAUGGGAAAUAUUUUAAAAUUAAUUUCGGCGACAAAGUGGCUAUUAACCCUAACAUUGUACCACAUCCACUACUCGACAAUGUGUGGGUUAUCGUAGCGAACCAUUACGACCUGGACGAUGCUAUACCAACGCACUUCGUCGAAUUAGUAUGCGAUGCUGCGUUCAAUGAAGGCGGCACAGAGCUCGGCUGCCUUUUCCCGCCUAUACCACUUCCCAUUGUCGCGACAGGUCUAGGUAAAUGUGAAGGCGAGCUCCAGUACGCUAGCCUAAACGUCGGGCCUCAUGAUGCUCGCGUCCUCUACGGCCCACGAACUCCAUUCAUAGUAUAUGGGAGUAAUUCUCAUGAGACCUGUUUCGGGCAGUGGAUCCAGGACUUCCAAGUUCUCAUGAACUGGAACGGCGAUGGUAACUUAGAGGACGCGAGCGCAACCCCGGAAGAGCAGGAACAAGAGAGCUUUUUCCAGCUAGGGACGGAGCUCCACCGUCCACCACCUUACUCCCCUAUUGAGAAGAAUUGGUUUCUGUUCUGGGAUCCUGACGGCCAGAUGUACGCGCAUUACGAUAUUGCGCCGCGGCGCAUCUUCGCAAAGUUAGAUGUCGGCGGCUCAGUAGGGCCAGAUCUAGCCCCGUUAGCAGCCGUAAAUAAUGAUGACAAGUGUAUGGAGAAGUACGUUCCGAAACCAGGACCAGAGCAUGAAUCAAUCCACCAAGCGACAAACUCGUUAUCCAUCACCAUGUGUCAACGGUCAGACCCCAGCUGUUCACCAAGUGAUACCAACACGUUCCUCUUUACAAUCUUCCAGCAUAAGACCUUCCAUGAUUUCCACAGCGUGUAUGAGCCGUACGCCAUGGUUUUCCGAAGGCGAGAACCGUUUCAAGUUUAUGGCGUAUCGCAGAACCCCCUAUGGAUCCAUGGCCGCAACACUCGGAAUCGGAUGUUCUAUGUGACGUCUAUGAGCUGGAAGGCCCGCGGUCAGAAGUACCAUGGUUAUCUAGACGAUAUACUCUUCCUCAAUUUUGGGAUCGAGGACCGGCAUACUGCUGGUAUCGACAUAUUGGCCAGCGAUAUACUUUCCAGCUUGGGUUUCUGUUAGGAGAUAUAAGGUAUCUUCCGGAGAUUCCAGCCUGGUUGUUACGUGACUUUGUCAGGUGUAUCAGCAUAGUCUAAAUCGGCAUCAAGUACAAGUACCUAGGUACAAAGUAUGCCUCUAGCUUUCGUUCUAUGCCGCUAGACUGCAUGAGACUCAUAAUAUUUCCAGAUCUGUGUUCAUGAAUUACAUACAUGGUACAUAACAAGUACCUACGGGGACUACAUUAUGUGGGG